AUGAAUUCUAGGAGAGAUGUUGAAAGUGGUGGAGGAGGGACAAAGAACACCAACAAUUAUUCUGCAGCAAAUUCAUCUGCAUAUGUUUAUGAUGCUGAAAAUCAUAGGAAUUCAUGGCUUGUGCCUGUUUUUGUGUUUGUUAACUUUGUUGUUUUCAUUGUGGCCAUGGCUAUUAACAAUUGUCCCAAGGAAAAUUUUGGUUUUCAGGGUGAUUGUGUUCCUGGCUUCCUUGGGAGAUUCUCUUUCCAGCCUUUGAGGGAGAAUCCAUUGCUUGGUCCUUCUUCCUUAACAUUAACUAAGAUGGGAGCUCUUAAAUGGCAAAAUAUUGUGAACCAACAUCAAGGGUGGAGACUCUUCACUUGCAUUUGGUUACAUGCCGGAGUUAUUCACUUGCUAUCAAACAUGAUAUGCCUUGUUCUCAUCGGCAUUCGCCUCGAACAGCAAUUCGGAUUUUUGAGAAUUGGAUUGAUAUACCUAUUGUCUGGAUUUGGUGGAAGUGUACUUUCUUCUCUUUUUAUUCGAAAUAGCAUCUCGGUCGGUGCGUCUGGUGCACUCUUCGGACUUCUUGGAGCAAUGCUCUCAGAGCUUCUUACAAAUUGGACUAUAUAUUCCAAUAAAGUGUCUGCUUUGCUCACUCUUCUAACUAUCAUCGCCAUCAACCUCGCGAUAGGCAUUUUGCCGCACGUAGAUAACCUUGCUCACAUUGGAGGAUUUGCAACCGGAGUUCUACUCGGUUUCAUUUUACUUCCGCGUCCUCAAUACGGUUGGUUAGAGCAGCGUCGUCUUCCUGCUGGUAUUCGUCUCAAGUCGAAAUUCAAAGCUUACCAAUACAUUCUAGGGGCUGUGUCUCUAAUUCUCUUGAUUGUUGGGUUAACAAUUGGAUUGGUGAUGCUGUUCAAUGGUGAGAAUGGAAAUGAUCAUUGUCAUUGGUGUCACUACCUAACUUGUGUGCCAAGUUCUGAAUGGGAAUGCAACUAUAUAUGA